AUGACGGAGUCUGAACAAUUUACGAAAUUGCAGUCUAUUUUGAUUGCUUUUUUUGCAGGUAUUCUUGCGGUCUUAACUCUAGGUGGAAAUCUUCUGGUGAUGAUAUCUUUCGGAAUUAACAAGAAAUUGAGAAUACUAAACAACUACUUUUUAGUAAGUCUAUCUGUUGCAGAUUAAGCUAUUGGGUUAAUAUCAAUGCCUUUAUAUACUGUAUAUGUUGUACUUGGAUAUUGGCCGUUCAGUUCUCUGCUAUGUGAUCUCUGGCUAUGAAUGGACUAUGUCAUGACUAAUUCAUCGGCAUUACAUUUAGUUAUCAUAUGUGUAGACCGAUAUUUUUCCGUCAAGAAACCAUUUACUUACAGAGCUUAUAGGACAUCAAAAAAUGUUUUAAGAAUGAUUAUUUCGGUUUGGGUCAUUUCGAACGUGCGUUUCGUCUACAUAAACGACUCAUCUUAUAUGAAUGGAGGGAAGCCCCAUCCUGACAGAGAAGGCGAUAAAGCUGCAAAAACAUUGACCGCCAUUCUUUUAGCAUUUAUUAUAACAUGGACACCAUAUCAUGUUAAUGUGAAAUCUUGUUUUUGCUCGGACUGUGUACCGAAUGCAGUGUAUCAUAUUGCUUACUGGCUAUGCUAUGUCAACAGCACAAUUAAUCCGCUCUUGUAUGCCCUAUGCAACAUAAAUUUUCGAUGGACAUUCAUUCGAAUUCUGACAUGCAACCAAAUAUAUUCUGUUAGAAGUGACAUGGUUAGAAAUUGA